GUAGUGACCAUAAGAUAAUUCGGGUGACCUUGCAGGACACCAAGCACGAGUAUCCCAAGCGACCACAGCUGCGACUCACCAAUUUUGAGAAGGUUCGAGAAGCAGCACCAGCCAUACCCGACAACUCCCCCGCCGCGGCCAUUUCAGCAGGUCUCUCAGAUGCUGUUGCUGCCAACACCCCCGCUAUGGAGGGUCGCGACUCCCCUUCGUGGUGGAGCCGCAAGCUCACGAAGCUGAAACAGAGCCUUAACAAGGCGACCAAGAA